UAUAAGUAACAAAAACUAUUUUGGAUUGAUUGCAAAAUUAUAAAAUUCCAUUUUACAAAAGAAUUUAGCAGCAACAGAAAAGGAUGGUAUUAAAAAAGAACUGUAGGAAAUAGUGGUUUUAUUUCAAGCACAUAUAAAAUAUAAAUUGUUGGUAUUAUAAACUUUAAUCAUUGGAAAUUCUUAAAAUACAACCUUUUAUCUUGAAGAUCUCGCAUUGAAACCUCGUCAGUUGUUCUUAUAUAACACACAUAUACACACUGUUAUUAUAAUUUUAACAUUUAGGUAUAUUGAUAUUAAACAAGAUAUUAUAAUUGCAAUGGAUAAGAGAUAAUAAUAAGUUAUGGCCGAAUUGUUAAACGAUUUUAAUCACCAAAUACCGAAAAUUAAGCUGUUCACAAAAUACUAAUCCCACCAAUAAAUAAAUUUUUGAGACAAUAUAGUUAAAAUGUUUUUAUAUCAAUAUUUCAAAAAAUUUGAUUGGCGAGAAUUUGUUUGUGGUUAUGGUGCAGCAACAAUCAAUAUCGGAGUUACAUAUCCUAUAUAUAAAAUGAUAUUUCGACAGAUGCUUCAUGGUGAUAAAGUAACUUCAGCUUUUAUUCAAAUGAAGCAUGAAGGAUUGAGAUAUUUAUAUAGAGGAAUGUUACCACCACUAGCGCAAAAAACAAUUUCGUUAUCACUAAUGUUUGGUAUAUAUGAUGGCAUCAAAAAAAAUCUACAAGUCGAGUUUGAGUUAGAUCCUUAUACAUCAAAAAUUUUAGCGGCGAACUUGGCUGGUACAUGUGAAGCAAUCUUAAUACCAUUUGAAAGGGUUCAAACCUUAUUAGCGGACUCUAAAUAUCACAAGUAUUUUAGUAAUACACCAACUGCGUUUAGAUAUGUAUGGACAAACCACGGUUUUAUGGAAAUGUAUCGUGGUGUGGCACCAAUUUUAUUACGGAAUGGGCCAUCUAACGCCGUAUUCUUUGUAUUAAGGGAGGAAGCUUCAGAACAUUUGCCAAAAACUGAUAAUAUAGCUAAAAAAGCCGCACAAGAAUUUUUCGCUGGCGCUGUUAUAGGUGCUACAGUUAGUACAAUUUUUUAUCCGUUAAAUGUAAUUAAAGUUGCAAUGCAAAGUGAAAUGGGUCACAAAACUCAAGGUAUAAUAGAAGUUUUUUUAAAGAUCUAUCGUGAACGUGGCAAUAGUGUACGACAUUUUUAUAGGGGAUGCGGACCAAAUUCAACUAGGUCUUUUGUUAGCUGGGGUAUAAUGAAUGCAGCAUAUGAAAAUUUGAAAACUAUUUUUUAUCGUUAUUAGUUAGCAUAUUAAUCAAAAAAGUUAGAAAAAUUUAUUGAACGUGAAAGACAUGAUACUAGAAUUUGACUGUUCUCAUCUAAUUAUGUAUGUAUAUCUACUAAAGAACUGAUUGAUUGAUAAGGAACCCUGUAAAUAUUCAUUGAGUUAAUUAAAUUUCUCUCAAUUUUUCUUUGAUAAUUUUUUGUUCGAUAUUUAUUUUUGAGAAAAUUGAUAAUAAAAACUUUCACAUACAUUAUUUAUUUGCUGUUAAAUUACUUUAGACAUACCGCACAUGAUAUGUAUGUUGAACAAAAAAUAAUGAAACAGUAAAUUUUAUCGAUGGCACAUUUUUUGUGUCUAAUUUGAAAAUUUUACAAAAUUAGAAAUCAAUCGAAAAAGAAUAAAAUAAAAAUAAACGAAAUUAUAUUUAAAAAACGAAUUUGAAAAAAUAAACAUUAUGUAUGUAUUUAUUUGCAAUGUAAAGGGUACAUCUAAAAAUUCAGAAAAGAAGAUACUGAAACUUGAAAUUAUAGGAAAAAUAUACAAUUGUCAUAUUAGAUUGUGUCUAAUGUCCUUCUACCAAGUAAUAUUAUACUCUAACACGUUAAAAAACUAAGACAAAUACGAUUUUAAUUCAUACAUAUUAUUGUUUAAAAUAUACUGAGCAUUUGUAUGUAAGCAAUUGUACAUAAAACCAAAUUUUUAAUGUUUAAUGUAAUUACAUUUAAAUAAAAUUCAAGAAUGAUA